GAAGAAGAAGUAGUAGUUCAAAGUGGUAAAAAUAUUGAUCACCACCGUUGUACUGCCAAGUACUACCAUCAUAUCCUCCAUUACCUACAUGAUGGUUACCUUCCACCUCUUGAUAAAGCAAAUCAGAUAAAUUUUGAUUUUAGAGGAAUGCCUUCGGCAUCAGCACUUGUCUAUGCAGGAGUCAAGUUUGCUCCCGAUACAGGAAACGAUCUGUUCAAGUUCAAGUUCAGUGAACCUAAAGGCCGAUUUCGGUGGUGUCAUAGGGCUCGUUUCGAAAUCCCACCACUCGCAAUAUACGACGACACGGAGUCAUACCUCAGGAACCUCAUUGCCCUUGAACAGUGCUGCGCAGGCGUUUCGCUGCACGUUUCGUCCUAUGCGUUCGUAAUGGACAUGCUCGUUGACAAUGAAAAAGACAUCCAAGUGCUCGAAGAGGCCGGAGUCCUGAGAAACUAUUUGGGUACCGCCGAGGAUGCAGCCAAUCUAUUCAACAAGCUAGGCAAUGAAAUCAUAGAAGGAGGAUAUUUCGCUGACACGUGCAUCAGAGCCACCGAGUAUAGCAAGCGUUUUUGGCCCAAGAAUAUGGCACACGUGAGACGCACGUAUUUUAAAUCUCCGUGGACGUUCAUAGCUUUCUGUGUCGGCUUCAUCGUUUUUAUCAUGGCAGUUCUCCAAUUCGUCCACGAUUUCCGGGUUAAUAAAUCAACUACGUAUCCAAGUCCACGGAAAGAUUUUGGAGUGGAAUUGCGUGAGUUCAAAAGACCAGAAGUAGUAACACUCAACGAGAAUUCCUUAUCGAGAAAUCAAAUUUGUCAAGUUGGUAGUCUCAUUUCUUUCCAGUGGAAAUCAGAGGUCGAGUUUCACGGGAAGCAGGUUUGGGAUUCAGGAUUAUGGAACUUGAAUUCUGGUUACCACUGGGAAGAGAAAUGA